AGUUGAAAUCUUCUUUUCCCUCCACUUCCUCAUCCUCUCGAUAUUUGCAAAACGCCCCUUCUGCACUUCUCCCCCCUUUUCACCUCUCUCUCUCUCUCUCUCACAUUCUCUGCAAGCGGGAAGAAGCGAGCAACACCGAAGUAGACGAAGCGAGUAGGACAGAAUGGAGAAUUUUCAACAACGCCCUUUUUCAAUUAAACUGUGGCCCCCUAGCCAGAGUACAAGACUUAUGCUUGUGGAAAGAAUGACCAAGAACCUUUCCACUCCAUCCAUUUUCUCUAGAAAGAAUGGUCUUCUAAGCAAAGAAGAUGCUGAGGAGAAUGCCAGACAAAUAGAAGAAGUGGCUUUUGCUACUGCAAAUGAACACCACGAGAAGGAGCCGGAUGGUGAUGGAAGUUCUGCAGUGCAACUUUAUGCCAAGGAAUCUAGCAAGCUUAUGGUGGAGGUUCUUAAAAGAGGCCCACAGAUUAAAAAUGAGGGACUCACAAUAUCUGAUAAAGUUACACCGUCUCUUAAAACUUUUUUUGACAUCUCUGGAGGUCGUCGGGACUUUAUUGAUGAACAGGAGGCUGAGGAGGUUUUUAGGCCUUUAAAAGAGCAGGGAAAUUCAUACACAAAGAUAUGUUUCAGCAAUAGAAGCUUUGGCAUCGGUGCAGCACGCAUUGUGGAGCCUAUCUUGGUCUCCCUCAAAGAUCAGUUGAUAGAAGUUGAUCUAUCAGAUUUUAUUGCAGGAAGACCUGAGGAGGAAGCUCUUGAAGUGAUGAAUAUUUUUUCAUCAGCCUUGGAAGGCUGUGUUUUGAAAUCUCUCAACCUGUCGAAUAAUGCCUUAGGUGAGAAGGGUGUCAGGGCAUUUGCUGCUCUCUUGAAAUCUCAGAGUAGCUUGGAGCAGCUAUAUUUGAUGAAUGAUGGAAUCUCUGAGGAAGCUGCACGUGCAGUAUGUGAGCUAAUUCCUUCCACAGAGAAGCUUAAGGUCCUUCACUUUCACAAUAACAUGACAGGAGAUGAGGGGGCUAUUGCUAUUUCUGAGGUUGUGAGGCGAUCCCCUGUAUUGGAGGAUUUCAGAUGCUCCUCCACAAGGGUAGAUUCUGAAGGAGGUUGUGCCCUUGCAGAAGCACUUGGAACAUGUACUCAUUUGGAGAAGCUUGACCUACGGGACAACAUGUUUGGUGUGGAUGCUGGAGUUGCUCUAAGCAAAAGUUUUUCAGGGCAUGCUGGUCUUAGAGAGGUUUACUUGAGCUACCUGAACCUGGAAAAUGAAGGAGCUACAGCUCUUGCCAAUGCUCUCAAAGAAUCUGCUACAUCCCUGGAAAUUUUGGACUUGGCUGGAAAUGAUAUUACUGCUAAAGCUGCUCCUGCCAUAGCUGCCUGUGUUGCAGUAAAGCAGUUCCUUACCAAACUUAACUUAGCUGAGAAUGAUUUAAAGGAUGAGGGUGCUAUUAUAAUUGCCAAGGCAUUGGAAGACGGUCAUAGCCAGCUAGAAGAAGUUGAUCUCAGCACUACGUCGAUAAGGAGGGCUGGUGCCAGGCUUUUGGCACAAGCGGUGGUGCAUAAGCCUAAGUUCAAGUUGCUGAACAUUGAUGCCAACUUUAUUUCUGAUGAAGGUAUUGAUGAGUUAAAGGAGAUCUUUAAGAAAUCCCCAGAAAUGCUUGGGCCUUUGGAUGAGAACGACCCUGAAGGGGAAGAGAAUGUGGGGGAUGAGGAUGAAGAUGAAACCAAAGAGGAGGAAGGUGAUGAAAAUGAGGAUGGGUUGGAAUCAAAGCUUAAGCAUCUUGAAGUGAAACAAGAGGAGUAGGAGGGUAGAGAUUUCAGCUGUUUUUUCUUGGUUUUUAGUUUUUACUUCAUUCUCAACCUGUGGAAACUAAAAUCUCAUGUUUUUCUCUUAUUGGCAGAAUUUUCACCGACCAGCUUUUGGGACCUACCAACUCAUAGCAAGACUAGCUGCAGUAGCUUAGGUAGAAGGUUUUUAGUUCUUGUAUUUGUAGCUUAGCUUUGAUUAUGGGACUGGCCAAUUUUAUUCAGAGCUGGUUUUAGCUGUUAAUGCUUUUAACAGUAGUCAGAUUGAUUCUGAUAUUGUUAUUUCUUAUGCAAUUUGAUGUGUCAUAUAUAUAUAUAUAUAUAUAUAUGUAUGUAUUUUGGCCUUCA